AUGGGUCGACUUGCCCAAAACGCAGACCCAAAUCUGGGCGACCUUGUCGCCACGCGUGUCACACGAGAUCCGGGAAGAGCGUCGUUCGAGAUCAUUCUCGAAAGACCAAGCAUCCACCAUCUUCAAGAGCAGCGCGGAACCCGCAUGGCAUCACCGCCCGCUGCCGCUGAACCGUCCAAGGCCGCACGUGCACCACCAGCUGACCCGGGGCAAGCCACAGGAAGCAGCGGCGACGACGGCCAACAAGACCAAGGCGCCUCUCAAAGCGACGAACACGGGCAGCCUGAGCAACGUGUCCCACCUGCCGCCGAGCCGAUGUCCGAGGCGUCCGGCGAUGGCCAACUCCUCACGGACGGGAGGGCCUCACACGAGGGCGUAGCGGUACCGGCGCGAGCUGCUGUAAGCGAAGGUCAACUCCUCGCGGAUACGGGGGCCUCACACGUGGGCGUAGUGUUGAGCGCUGCCCUCGCGAGAGCAUCGACGGCCAGCGCCAGCAUCCUGAGCAGCCAGCAAGGGUCGCAGCAGCCGGCAGACCCGACACCAGCUUCGAGCUCUAGCAUCCGUGGUCGUAGUGGUGACGGGGGAUGCCGAGUCUCACAGUCAACAGCAGCUUCUGCGCGCAGACUCCAGCCCGCGGCAACAUCGUUUGCACGCUCGUCCUCAGUGCCCCCGCGCGUGCGUCUCGUCACACCGCGCUACGUCUUCAGUGAGCACGGAGUUCCUGUGUCGCGGCCCGCGUUGGUGGGGGUGCCAGCUACACUGGCCGACAUCGCUGCUGACGCACCCGUCCGAGAUGGCGACGGCGGGAUUGAGCGCCUCGUCGAAGGCGGGUGUUUGUCGGAUCGAGACUUCGCCGAUCUGGCGCGAAUCAUACACGAGGACGUGCGCAACAACACAUUGCAACCUGUUCUGACCAUGCCGCUACCCCAAGCAGCAUCUCUGGCAGCUUCAGGCGCGCAGGUUCUGCGCGAGGCGCUUCCCGCACUUCGUUACUUCGGUGUGGAACAUUUCGCGCGUCGCACACUGGCCUCGCCGCGUUACCUUCACUUGCUUCUUGCGCACAUUCGGGCCCUGGUGCAACUCGUCCAAGAUCCGCAAGUCGCGGACACGGCAGCAUGGUUGACGAAGUGUCGUCGCCUGAGCCACGAGCUCCAGAACCAGCGGGCAUUUUGGUCCGAGUGCGUCGAAGUUGAACGUCGGCGCGGCAUUGCAGCUCACGAACGCUUCGUUGACGAGAGCAAGCGUCGUCAUGCGUUUGAAGUCCAAGAACGAGAUCGGCGCAUCGAGGAGCUGACGACGCGCCUUCACGCUAGCGAAGAAAGAGCACACCAGGCCGAGGCAGCAAGUGGCUUGCUUGAGACUCGACUACGGAAUUCCCGGCUUUCAGACCCUUGGUCCUUAAUGGACUUCUUGCGUGAACACGGCCGUCUGCGGGGCAAUUGGCUACACUUGCUUGCUUUGCUUGAGCAUUACCAGACGGGCACAGCCCCGUCUCCAGAUUGGGUGACGCGUGUGGACGUAGAGGACUUGCGGGCGUUCGACUUCAACGCGCCUCCGUAUCCAUCAGCCACGGAACGGGCCGCGCAGUCCGAUAAUGCAGUGGAAAAGCAAAGCCAUGGAGAUUCUGAGGCGCUGGAGGAGGCUGAAUCCGAGACCAAGGCUCCAGCACCAACCUCGGUGCUGUUCCAAGUCACUUCUGAGGGGCUUCGACGCGUCGCCUCUCCUCGUCGAGACUCAGCCCGUCAAUUGGACUUGUCUAGAGGCUGCCACAGCGUAGUCACAGUUGGGCAACCUCCCAUUCCUGAGAAGAAGACGCCCACGCCCAGUGCCAAAUCCAAGUCGCCGUCCAAGCCUGCACGUAAUCCGAAGCCAGCUGCCAAAGCCCGGUCUGGGUCCGCAGAGGAGUCUAGCGAGAGCUCACACUCGGUGGUGGACUUGACCACACCCGAGCCUGCAACGAUGCAGCCUCUGUCUCAGCCUCAAGCUCGGCCUAGCGACUACCCGGGAAGUUCCAAGGGUGCACGUUCACGCAACGCCAAGUAUGUCGUAAGUGUAGAACGAGCUACCGCCUCUCUGCCGUCGACAGUGACAUGGAGUGAAGUGCGCGCCGACGCCAAGGAGCUCAUGCUCUUUGGGACGUCGUACUUGGACUCGCUGGCGUUUGCUCGGAUGGACACUGCGUUGCAUACGCAGUUCCGGCAAAAGGAGCUAAUGCCGAUGCUGGAAUCAAUGGCGUACUGGAACCGGAUGGAUUCCACGCCGUGGGUUCGCAAUGUCCCAGAGUGCUUCUUGGACCAAGCUGUGCAGAACCUCUCCCGGCGUACGAGUGCGCAUCCAUUCUGGCCUGACUUGCCGUCCGACAGCUUGUCUCCUUCCGAGUCCCUGUCUCCACUUCCAGGCAACUCAGACAGGGAUGAUGGCAGCAACACCUUCCAGUCGGACUUCUCAUCUCUCUCCUCGCAUGGUGACACGGGGGAUGAAGACUACUCGGCCCGGAAACGCAAGGCUUCAGGCCAAAGUGGUGGGUCCUCCAAAAGGUCCAAGCCUCCGGCUAAGGCGCGGCCCAGCUCAGUGUCAACGCAAGACUUGGUGGUUGUCAAAGUCCCAGCCUCGAAGUACCGGCUGUACAAGAAGGCGCUAAAAGACAUGACGCCCCAAGAGAAGAACAUCAUCGAGAUUCCGGACCCCACCGACAAAAGCUGGCGUUACUUCGGGAUUCUGGUCCAGAAGCAGCCGCUGACCAACCAGGUCCCUCAGAAUCUGGGAUUUCCCAGCUUCGUGCCAGUCAAGACUCAUAUGGACGAGAUCAAAACACGUUGGGACCGAGCCAAAUACGAGAAGCUACUCCAAGUUGAACCCUGGGCUGCCAUGUAUGACAAGCGCGUCAAGGUCUUCUACUUUCACCUGCGCCAACAGCUCCAACUGGAUUUCCUUCACGGGAUUGCUCGCUUCAUCGGGUGGAUGCGCAAAGCCGCUCGGCUAUACUGGGAAGGCGGACAUUGGGUCACAAUUGACGAAUCCGAACCCCAAUCCCGAGGCCUUCAUACCGACCGCAAAGUGCGUCGCUCCCAGUUUCGCAAAGACCUGGACGAACAACACGAGCCGGACGUGUUCAUGCAGCUUGCUGCUUUGGACGAAGACGAACCCAUCAGAACCCAGUGGGCGACGCGACGCAACGACGACGCCUUCCUGCGUCUCACCCCAGUCGAACUUCGCGCAGACAUGCUGAAUCCCACGCAGCGCCGCCAGAACCCGUUACCUCUGCCGCCAGCCUGA